UACCAGAUUCAAUCAAAGCCAAUGGUCGAUCCGUUUCAAACUCUUUCCAAGCAGAAAGCUUCCGGUUUCUGUUGACUCUUUGUGAACUCCAUCGCUCUUUGACUUCGGAGGCGAAGAAGAUGGACGGAGCAGCCCCCGCCGCCGCUCAGCAUCCGCACCCUUACGUCCCCAGAGAUCUCAACCUCCCCGGCUACGUCCCCGUCCUCCUCUCCCAGUCCACCAUCGUGGGCGUCUACCUCGGGUCGUCGUUGCUCGUCGCCUCCCUCAUUUGGCUCCUCUCCGGAGGGUCGCCGAGGAGAUCGACAGUCGAUAGAUUGCUCAUGUGUUGGUGGGCUUUCACGGGCCUCACUCACAUGAUCCUCGAGGGCUAUUUUGCUUUCUCCCCGGAGUUCUACAAGAACCCUUCCGGCUUUUACCUCGCAGAAGUUUGGAAGGAGUACAGCAAAGGUGAUUCUAGGUAUGCCGCUAGAGAUUCGGCUGUUGUCUCCGUUGAAGGGCUGACUGCAGUUUUUGAAGGUCCGGCUUGCAUCCUUGCAGUGUAUGCUAUAGCUACUAAUAAGUCAUACAGCUACCUCCUACAGUUCGCCAUUUCUCUCGGGCAACUUUAUGGAACUGCUGUGUACUUUGUUACUGCAGUUUUGGAAGGCGAUAACUUCGCUACGAGCCAACUCCAUUACUACGCGUACUAUGUGCUUGCAAAUUCCUUCUGGGUCUUGAUCCCAACAAUCAUAUCCGUAAGAUGCUGGAAGAAGAUCUGUGCAGCGGUGAAGUUCCAAGCCCAAAACCAAAAGAAGGCUAAAAGUCGCUGAGCAGCAGGCAUCAGGAGUUCUUUAGAGUUCAUGUAACUUCAAAUUCCAUGAUUUUCUCCGACUUUGUUAACUUAAGGAAAAUUUAUGCAGACAGAUUUAUGAAUGAAUUGUUAACCUCUCCUUUGUGAUC